AUGAAUUUAGAUUUUAUAUGUUUGAGAAAGCAUUUAUUCAAAGAUUCUAUAUAUCAAAUAGAUAUCCAAAAUGAAUAACUUAGGUUAAUUGAUGCUGUAUUAAAUAAUCCUAGAUAAUUUAGACUUCGGGGAAACCUAAAUAUAUUAUCAAACUAGAUUGGUCGGUUGAAAUUACUUGGAAUUUAACAGGUCAAGAGCAAGCUUUUGGAUUGAAAGCGAAUCAGAAGUUUAAAUGGUUUCAUGCAAAGCCUCAAGUCAUUUUAAAUUUGAAGAAGUAACUACAAAAACAUGUGACAUCGACCGAUUUUAAUCUGUUCUACACUUUAACUACUCAUUAAUCUAAAGAAUAAAAUAAUGAAUUCGAAGUUCUGAAAAAGAAUGAUAACACUGCCAAUUUAAUAGCCAGAUGUGUUUAGAAGGAUUAGGUGGAUGAUCAAAAUAUCAUCUAUAGGGAACUUAAUAUUCUCAAACUCUUAAACCAUUAAGGACUCCCUAAUUUCGAAGAAUUCUAUUGCACCUAAGGAAUGUACUAUAUCAUUAUGGAAAAAAUGUAUGGAGAAAAGUUAAGUACUAUAAUUAACACUUCCAAACUAUAAUUCAACUUUCGAUUAAUUUAAUCAAUAAUUGUGGAAUGCUUGCAGAUAUUGCAAUAUCUGGAAUCAAUCAAUGUUAUGCAUAGAGACAUCUCACCAGAAAAUAUACUUUAUGAGUAAUAAAACAAGAAAAAAGUUGUUAAAUUAAUUAAUUUCAGUAACUCAGCAAAGGUCGGAACUGAACCCCAGAAAUGCGGUACUCCAGGUUAUAUAGCUCCUGAGAUCUUUUUAGAUCAAUAAUAUGGAUGUGAAUGCGAUAUGUUUUCUUUAGGAUGCGUAUUCUAUAAAUUGUAAGAUUCCAAAAUAUUAUUAGAUUAGCGAAAAAGGAUUUAUUUUAAGGAUCUAGUGUUGCAGAAGUAAUAUCAUAAAAUAAAAAAUGCUCAUUUAACCUUAAGUCUUUAUAAUUAAUUCGAGUCCCUUCAAGUGCUUAGGACUUAUUGACUUAAAUGCUUGAGACAAAUCCUAAACUAAGGAUCUCCGUUCAAGAUGCUUUAAAACAUCCAUUCAUUAAUGAUCCUUUGAAACCUAACUCCAAUUAGAAUAGUCAAAAUUUCAGCCAAGUCAGAUCGGAAAGAUACUUAAUUUAAAAAGAACUUAUAAGUUUACAAAGUUAGAAAAAGAAAUUAGAUGAUGAUCUAGACGUAGAAUACUUUAACAAUGAAUUGCCUCCCAAGUGUUAAAUUCCAGUCAUGGAUUCCGUUAAAGGAGGUCAAAGAUUUAGCUCUGAUUCCGUUCAAGAAAAUGAUACAAAAUUCAGAAGAGUCAGUUCUAAAUCAACUGGCUGA